CACGUCCAAACCCCACCUCGCACUCCUAACGCCCCCGUGUGGCCCAGCGCGCGGUCCCCUCCCCACGCGCUUCGUGACAUCCCCGCGUGUUUCCAGCGCUGCCGCUGCGCGACCGGCGGGCAGGACGGGGAGGUAGGCAAGGCGCAGCGAGCGGCUGCCGAGGUGGGGACGGAGCCCACUAUCUUCAGCCGGAUCAUAGCCCGCAGCGUGCCGGCCACCAUCCUGUAUGAGGAUGACGAGUGCCUAGUGUUCCGCGACGUGGCUCCGCAGGCGCCUGUCCACUUCCUAGUGAUCCCCAAGCGCCCCAUCCCUCGGCUGAGCCGCGUGGGUCCGCAGGAUGCACAGCUCCUGGGACACUUGAUGGUGGUGGCAGCGCGCACGGCACAGGCAGAGGGGCUGUCUGACG